UUUUUUUUCUUUCUCGUUUUAUUUUUUUUUUUCUUUCCUUUUCCUAAUAAAUAAUAAUAAUAAAUCAAUCAUGUCUGACGAAAAGAUUAGCAAGGAAAUCAUGGCUCUUGAAACCAAAGAAGCUGAAAUCGCUAAAAAGGUACAAGAUUAUCAUCGUAAACUUAUGACUCCUAUCUGGGACGAACGUCGUGAACUUGUCAAACAAAUCCCAAACUUUUGGUCUGAAGUGAUUAGUAACUCUACCUUGUUUAGAAUGCAACCUUCUGACGAUGAUCUUGAAGCUUUGGAAAAUUUGACUGAUUUUAAUGUGGAAUAUGAUGAUGCUAAUCCUGAUUAUCGCAAGGUGGUGGCUACUUUCAAAAAGAAUGGUAUUUUCAAGAAUGAAACAUUGACCAAGGAAUUCACUGUGGAUGAAGAAGAUGUCAAGGUGAUCAGCAAAUCUACUAUUGAAUAUCACGAAGGAAAGGAACCCUCUAAGAAACGCAAGGCUGAAGAAGAAGAAGAAGAAGAUGAAGACUUUUUGGUUGGUUUUGUUAGAUGGUUUGGUGAUGAAACCAUUCCUUAUGGUGUUGCUUUGACUGAAGAUGUUUUCCCUGCUGCUCUAGAAUAUUACCGAGGAAAUGAAUCUGAUGAUGAUGAAGAUGAUGAAGACAUUGAACUUGGAUCUGAUUCUGAAGAAGAUGAAGAAGAAGAAGCACCUAAAAGCAAGAAAUCCAAGAAAUAAACAAUAGAAACUCUAGUUUUAGUUUAUCUCAUCAUAUGAAAAUAAAGAUCUCUCUCUUUUUUUUUUUUUGUCA